GCAACGCAACGACGACGGCACAUAACAGAACAGUUAAAAACAGAAUUCGAAGUCGCCGGCGAAGAAACACAACUUUACGGCAAGCAAAUGAUGAGGUCCGGUGACGGCUACGGUAUCGGAGUGGAUGAGUCGUAUCGGGCGCUGCCGUCGCUGUACUUGACCUUUUUAACGAUCUGGUUCCUCUCUGCUUGCUCUUGGACUGCUUACACCUACAAAAGUCGCCAUUCUCAGUGGAAUAAUUUGCAGUGGACACUUACUUCAGUUCCGUUGAUUAAAGCAUUACAGCUCAUGCUAUCAUUUCUCUUUUGGUAUUCAUGCUUCAAUUUUCAGACAUGCUCUUUGUGGAUGUCAUUUGGGGUGUAUGUGACAGGGGUGCUAUUCCAGACGAUUGCUUUCGUCUCCUUUUUGCUCAUUUCUCAUGGUUACUGCAUCAUGUGUGAGCGUCUAUCGUUAAAUGAACGGCGUUCAACUGCCGCCCUUGCAUGUGUCUUUUACUUGACUCUAGUUGGUUACAAGGCUUGUGUGCCAUACUUCUCCGUGCUUCUGCUACUAAAUUAUUUUAUUUCAUUCUAUAUAAUAUUCCACCAUAUAUCCCAAAACCUACUAGUGUUGCGAGAACAGUUGACCAUUAUAGAAAAUGAGGAUAUUCAAGCAAUGCAUGAUGCUGUGUAUAAGAAGUACACGAUGUUCAAGAAAUUUCAGGGUGCAAUGCAGAUAGUAGCUACGGCAGAAACUGUGAUAUAUAUGAACAUGGAUGACUCUUCAGAGAAUUACUGGCUUCGCUUAUUGAUUAGAGAAUGGGCACAAUUGUGCAUCUUUGUGUACAUUGGAUGGAUCUUCAGGUCACAAGAUUUGGCACCACACUUCUCUGUUGUGCCUACCACGAAGUGUAAAGGCGAGAAUCUGGUGCCUCCCAUCUACAGUAUUGAAAUGGAUGCAGCAACGUUUAAAGAAUUUAGUAGUCACGAAUGGCACGUUGGGGUGCCAACUUCUACUUCUCAUGAUGAAAGCUUAAAAAAUGAAGUUCUGGUAAUCAUUCAGCAUCCUCGAGCACAGAGGCUAAGAAAGCUAGACGCUUUUUCUCAUAGCGCGGACUGUUUUGUUGUGACAGAUCUCAAUACAAAUUCAUCCUUAUGCCAAACAUAACGAAUGCUGCUACGUGAUCAGUUAUACCUGCAUUAUAUGCCAUGCCUUUUUCCUUGCAGUUGGCAUGAACUCGAUGGUUUAUUUAUCUUUAAUUAUCGCACCAUCAAUUUUUUAUCCCUCGAUUUAGGAAUCAUGAGUACGGAUAAAACAAUUGAGUUUUAGCUCGUUUACCACAUGUAGAGGUUAGAGGCAGCUGCAAAUAUGUAUAUCAAUACAUGAUCAAAGUAGAGAUAACUCUCUAUAUUCUUCUCAAUCCCAGUGUUGGUUACAAUCAUUUUCAA